GGGCCGCUGAGUCAGCCGGGUAAACUCCGCUCCGCGAUCGGCCCCCGCCCCGCCGCAUCAACCAAGUGAGGGCACCAGCAACGCUACGCCAUUAAGAAUGCGACCAAGACACCUAGCAAGUUAGUAACUAACCCUGAAUUCCCCGCCCCCGGAAUUUGAUAGUGCGUUUCAAGGCAGUCCAACUGCCAACAUGACAGAUGAAGUCACUUGGGCUCUUAGAUCUCAAACCAUCAACAUCCGAUGCCUCUGUCCCCCGUCCAAAUCCCCAAUUCCAGCCACGCAGCAUCGCCAACCGUGAUUGGCUCCCAGAGACAAAGCCACUGUGGACGAAAGUCAGCAGAAAACUUCUUCCCUCUCGGAACCAAACACCACUUUUCCCUCCCGAGACCAAAAACCAGUCGCGCGACAGAGUUCACCGACCCAUGAGUCAAUCCAGGGCGGAGAGGCACGAACGACAGCGGACUGGCUAUCCACCAGCAGAAAAUUCGACGAACCAGGCAAACCAGCUCAGGCGCCAAAAGUUCGGUGGAUGUGCCUGGCUAGGAUCCAGGAUCCAGCCCUCCCAGCCACCGCUAAUGCAGGUGCUAAUGCAAGGAACAAGGAACAGGGUUUUGCAGUGCCUGCCAAGCGUCGCGUCUCGCACGACGCAUCUCCCUACGUAGCCCGGUAAAUCGGCCUAUCUUAUCAGUCCAGUCCGGUGUGGCGGGUUGCGGGUUUUUUUGCAGCCCUCCUUGCAGGACAGACCGUGGAUGUGGAUGGGGGAUGUGAUCCGUCACUGUGAUCUGUGGUCGGGGAUUUGGAGUCUGCAUACGUAGAAUUUUCUCUGCAGUGGAGACACGGCGAUGUGAUUGAUUUUUCCUUUCUGUGUCUCAAUGGAUAGAUAAAAGGGAG